AUGCUUCCUAAGGUCAUCUCGAAGCUGGCCCAGGGCAAGUUCAAGCACGUGCCCUUCAGGCAAAGCAAGCUGACCUAUCUUCUGACGGACGCGCUGAACGGCAACAGCAAGACUCACAUGGUUGCAGCAAUCUCGCCAGCGCUCUCCGAGAUGGAGGAGACACUUGGGACGCUUCGUUUCGCGAGCUCUGUCAAGAAGGUGCGCACCCACGCCGUGUCGAACGAGCAGGACGUCGGGGAGAGCGACCUCCUUCUACAGACCAUGCGCUCUGAGGCUGAGGAGUUGAAGGCCGCAGCGAUCAAGGCCCGCGAGGAGAGCCCGCAGCAGGCGAGGCGUCUUGAGAUCCACGCUGAAGCCGUUGAGCACGCGGUGAUCAGCAUGCAGACCCGGAUCGACAAGACGAUGUGGUCGCAGGCCCAGCAGGCGCAGCAGGAGGCGACACGGCAGGCCCUGGCAGGCCUGAGCCUGCCAUUUGCCAUUGGCGGCAUGCUCGGAGGUCAGUCGCAGGACGGCUUGACUGCGAAUUCGCCCUACUUGCUCAACAUCUCGGACGACAUCUCUCUCGCUGGCAGGCUUCUCUACUUUCUCCCGGAGGGCCCGCCCAUCAGCGUGGGAUCGGGGGAGAACAACCGAAUCCGCCUCAUGGGAUUGGGAAUUCCCGAUCGGCUAUGCGACAUCUCCGUCGUCGCAGGUGGAAAGGGCGUCGAGGUGCAGCACUCGGGUGGCGGCCGGCUGAUGGUUGACGGGAUACAGGUGUCCGAGAACCAGGCCGCCGCGUUGUACAACGGUGCGCGCAUCAUCUUCGGCCGGUCCCUGGCAUUUCGCCUCGUGAUCCCCUUAGCUUCCCAAAGCGGCGGCCGCGGCCUCGAAGACGAGGACGACUGGAUGAAUCAGCGAGCUGCAGCACCGCAGAGCCCCUUCCCAGCCUGCGACGGCGACGCUCUGCAACGUCUGCGACUGUUGGUUGAGACUUCCGUGAUGCCGGUACUGGGCGAGACGGAGUGCGCUGAGAUAAUGCGAAGAGCAGGCGAGGUGCACAAUGACGUUGACGAGGCCAAUGAGCUCCUGAAGGAGAUCGAGUCCCCGCCCCUCCAGGUUCUGGAGGUCGGCUUGCUUCUGCGGGCACCACCGGAGCGCCCAAGCUCGACCAGCGGCAGCGACUGCACCCCGGCGUCCCGAAGUAAUCGGCGGCCCCAGCUUGUCGUGCACUGCUCGCGGAUGGGAGAUGGUGAGCUGCUGUGCGUUUGGCCAAUUCCCCGCUUUUACCAGCACUUGGAGGAGCUGCGAGAUCACUAUCAGCAGCGGUGUGAUCAAAAGCGCCUCGGCUUGCCGCUGGACGCCCACAGGGGCGUGUCCAUGGCAUGGGAGGAUGCUGUGUCAUCCCCCACGCGCCUGCAGCCGCAGAGGCAGUCUGAGAAUGACGACGGCUCUUCCGAUGAGUCAGAUGCUGCUGACUAG